AUGAAUUCACCUGAUGAGCAAGAUAACGUUGGUGAGAAAGCAAAGUCUAAUCAGGAUACACCAAUCGAUGAUGAAACACAAAGUGAUUUAAAUAAUAACGUCGCUCGAUCAUCAAUAGAAUCUUUGCUUGGUUUUGUGACGCCAAAAGAAGAUGUUAUUCACACAAAGGAAGAUAAUGUUGAAACAAAACAAGAUUCAUCCAUUGUCGGAAGGAAAGAAUCAACUAUUAACGGAAACACAUCAUAUAUCACAUUUACGCCGCAACCCAAUACACAAAGUUCACAAAAUGUUCUUCAUUAUUAUGCGCCAUCUCCUGAACCUUCACAUACCAUGACACCCAUUAGAUCAAUUUGUAAUGUUAUUUCACCUUUAUCUUCGCAUGCACCAGCGCCAACGCCACAACAUGUAUCACCGAGAUUACAUACUACAGAACAAAAUUUAAUAAUGGAUAUGAAUGUUUCACGACAAGAACCUCAUACCAUCUCGUUCUAUCCUCAACAUAUGCAUAUGUCAAUUCAACCUACAGUAUCAACAGCUUAUCCACAUAUUCAAUAUGAACACGCAACGCAUGCUACGACGACGAUGAAUCAUCAACAUGUUUUACGUCAUCACCAAAUUGGUCAUCAUCAACAUGAACAUCAAACAUCUGAAACACAAGUGACUCAACAACCUCAACCUAUUAUUCAACAAUUGUCAGUACCAUUGUCAGUACCGAUACAGACAAAUUCACAUAAUUUACCCACACUUCAUUAUCCAAUUACGAAUCAACCAAUAAAAACUCAAGCUGUAUCGGAAGAAGAACGUCACAGAAGACGUCUUGAACGUAAUCGAAUAGCAGCUAGACAAUGUCGAGAACGCAAAAAAGCUUAUGUCACAAAUUUGGAAACACGGGUCACAAGACUUGAGGAAGAAAAUUCAAGAUUACGACAACAACUUGGAAAUUUACAAACAAAAUUAAGUUACUGUCCGGCGGAAGUUCAGGAAACUUUGAGAUUGUAUUGUUUGGUUGAGGAUUUGAAAGAAAGAUUAAGUAAUGGGCAAACAAUGAAGAAUGAUCCGAAAAUCGGUGGAACAUAG